CGCCGACAAGGAGACCGCUCCUAGUGCCAAAGAACGAUCGGAGAGCGUGAGCGCUCACGGCCAAAGCGACGCUUACAACGAGCUCUUCCAGACCGCCGGCGUCAGUGCGGAUGACAUGGACCCUUUUGAUGGAGAUGAGGAGGAUGCAAACGUUAAAGUCAUUGAUUUGUCAAAGUACAGCCCUACGUUCUUCGGCUCCGAACAUGCACAGGUGUUAUCGGGACACCUGCUUCACUCCAGCCUGCCGGGCCUGACGCGGAUGGAGCAGAUGUCUCUGAUGGCUCUAGCGGACACCAUCGCUUCCACCAGCACCCACAUUGGAGAAAGCCAAGGCAAAGGCCAAAGUGGAGAGACGCUGGAUGAAUGUGGACUGAAGUUCCUGCUAGCCGUUCGCCUGCACUCCUUCCUCCUCACGUCUCUGCCUCCGGCUCAUCGCGCUCCGCUGCUCUGUCAAGGACUGUCCACCUGCCACUACGCCUGGGCGUUCCACUCCGAGGCCGAAGAGGAGCUGCUCAACAUGCUUCCGGCCCUGCAGAAAGGAGAGCCCGCGUGGCCCGAGCUGAGAGCCAUGGGCAUGGGCUGGUGGCUCAGGAGCACCAACAAGCUUCGCAGAUGCAUUGAGAAGGUAGCAAAAGCUGCUUAUCAGAGAAACAACGACCCGUUAGACGCAGCCUUGUUUUAUCUGGCCAUGAAGAAGAAAGCUGUGGUCUGGGGACUGUACAGGUCCCACCAUAACGUGAAGAUGACAGCAUUCUUCAGCAAUAACUUCAGUGAAGACCGCUGGAGGAAGGCAGCGUUGAAGAACGCUUUCUCUCUGCUCGGAAAGCAACGUUUCCAGCAUUCAGCGGCUUUCUUUCUGCUGGCUGGAUCCCUGAAAGAUGCUGUUGAGGUUUGUAUAGAGAAGAUGCAGGACCUUCAGCUGGCUCUGGUGGUCUGUCGGCUGUACGAGUCUGAGUUCGAGAUGUCCUGCAGCUACAAGCGAAUCCUGCAGAGGCAUGUGUUGGGUCAGGACCAGCAGAUUGCGGCCCAUCAGGACCCUUUCUUACGCAGCAUGGCGUACUGGGUCUUAGAUGACUACAGCAGGGCUUUGGACACACUGCUCGAGCCCAAUGUAGACACGUCACAUGAAGGACGCGCCGGAUCGUCUCCCUGUAGUCCUGAUGUUUUUAACUUCUACACCUACCUCCGCACGCACCCGCUGCUGCUGCGCCGUCACUUCGGCUCCUCAGAUAAAGCUAAAGUGGGUCUGACCGCUGAAGGCCGCGCCGUCGAGUCCAUCAGCCUCACAGAGAGGAGGCUCUUCUUCACCGCCGCUUAUGCACACUUACAGGCCGGCUGCCCCAUGCUGGCUUUAGAGGUGCUCUCCAAAAUGCCCAAAGUCGUGAAGCGCUCACAGGCACGAGAGAAUUCGCCCGAGACGUCGAGCGAGCACAAAGUCCAGGCCUCGGCUCCGUGGCCGGUUCUCAACGGCUUGGAGUCGGUGUCUUGGUUCUCGUCUCCCAGAGAGGACAGCCAGUCGGACUCGGUGCUCAGUUUAGACUGGAGCCAGCCGUUUGUCACCCUGCAGGACGAGCCUCUGGAGCUCAAGUGGGACAGCGAUAAAGACGACCCGGACGAGGAAGAAUCAGGCCUGGCGAUGAAGAGCAUCCGUCCGGAGAAAGACGACGGCGCUCCGGAAGCGACAUCCACCCCCAGGGGUCACGGGUCAGACGAUUCGCCAGCGCUGACCGAGGACAUCCUCGCCGCGCAGCUGAAGUUCAGCUCCUGUCUGAAGAUCCUCACCACGGAGCUGCGGACGCUGUCCACGGGAUACGAGCUGGACGGAGGGAAGCUGCGGCAUCAGCUGUGUCACUGGCUGGAGCGAGCCGUGGCGGCGCUGCAGAGAUGCUGCGGAUACAACCCCUUCCUCCAGCACCUGCCCGAGGGCAUCUCGGCCGACCUGAGCCAGGUGGAGGAUCUGGAGGAGCGGGGCGCGGCGGAGCAGGCCCGAGAGCUGCAGCACCGACGCAGACUGUGGCUGAAGAGGAACCAGCCGCUGCUGCGCAUCUUCCUCAGCUACUGCAGCCUACACGGCUCUCACGGAGGAGGACUGGCCUCCGUCAGGAUGGAGCUCAUUCUGCUGCUGCAGGAGUCCCAGCAGGACGACAGUCUGCAGAUCUCUGCUCCCGCUCCGCAGCACCUGUCUGUUCCUCUUUUCCUGGCGUGGACCGCCAGCUCCAAAACAGUGGUGGCCAAUCCCAUAGUGCACCUGACCAACCUCACGCACGACAUACUGCACACCAUCAACGCUCUGGAUGCGCCUCCGCACCCGGAUGUCGUCAGCAACGAGAUCUACGUGAUGCACACGCUGGCUGCUUCCCUCUCCGCCUGCAUCUAUCAGUGUCUCUGUGAUGGACACCGCUACAGCCAUGUGAAUCCGUUCACGGGCAUCACCUACCAGAGCGUCCUGCUUACCCAUCAGCCCCCGGUGAGGAGCGUCAGCAUCGAGGAGGCCAUCCUGCCCAACACCUCUCCUGCGCAGUGGCCUGGUGUGAGCGUCCUGAUGCGGCUGCUGAGCGCGUCCGGAGACGAGAGCCAGCCCGGUCUGCCUGUGCUCCUGUGUGAGAUCCUGACCGCAGUCUUCCUCAGCCUCUUCGUCCACGGUCUGGCCACUCACUCCAGCCACGAGCUCUUCCGCAUCGUCGCUCACCCGCUCAACAGCAGGCUGUGGGUGUCUGUGUUCGGCGGCGGCGCUCGUGUUCCUGUGCCGGAGAAGCCCAGCGCACACACAGUGGAAGAUGUGGAGCGGAAGCAGCGGCGUUCCCGGCUGAGCUCAUCACGCAGUGACUCCAGAGACGUUCCCGACAGUCCCAGACCCGUGGUGAUGGAGCCGGACACAUCCAUCUGUAAAGAGCGUUUCGUGCCGCCUGAGCUCAGCAUCUGGGAUUAUUUCAUUGCAAAGCCGUACCUGCCUCCGUCUGCCAGCCGAGUGGAGUACGACUCUGAGGAGAGCCAGGGCAGUGAGGACGAGGAGGAUGAUGACGAAGGAGAUCCCAGCUCUCCGCUGGCAGAGCAUUCCAGCAAUAGCUCGUACAGCUGGUGUCUGAUGCGCUGGGCCAUGGUGCAGAUGGUUCUGUUCAACCUCAAGCCCUUCUCCCCAAUGGCGGGUCACGACCUCUUAGAUCUGCCCAUGUGCUCGCCGCUCUGUCACGCCGCUCUCAAGACGCUCCAGCGCUGGGAGCAGCUGCUUCUCAAGAGGCUGGAGAUUUCCGGAGGUCCUCCGUCGAGGUUCAUCUGCACGCAGCUGCUGGAGGAGAGCGUGUCAUCGGGUCCGGCUCUGCUGAGGCGCAAAGCACUGUUCGAGUCCUCCAACACACCCUUCAGGUCUCGCCGGCGUGCCGCUCUUCCCGUCAGACGGCUGUGGCAGUAUCUGGUCAAACAGGAGGAGGUUCAGGAGAUGUUCAUACGCAACAUCUUCACCAAGAAACGCGAUCCGAACGAGAUCGAGGCCGACCUGGGGUUUCCUGGAGGAAAGGCUCGCAUCAUCCAUAAGGAGUCUGACAUCAUCACGGCGUUCGCCAUCAAUAAGGCCAAUCGCAACUGUUUAGUGAUCGCCUCCAGCCACGACAUCCAGGAGCUGGAUGUGUCCUACAUCCUCGCCUCGCAGAUCCUGACCUGGGUCGAUGACGAGAACGAGGCCGAGGUCAAAGGGACGGAUGACUUCCUGGUGGUUCACGCUCGGGACGACUUCAGCGCGCUUCACGGCAGCACACCCUACACCCACAGCAGCCCCGGGACACCCAUCAACAUGCCCUGGCUGGGGGGCCUGCAGACGGGCCGAGGAGCCGCCGUGCUCAUCAAACGCAACAUCAACAACGUGAGGCGGAUGACGUCACACCCCACGCUGCCCUACUAUCUGACCGGAGCUCAGGACGGCAGCGUGCGCAUGUUUGAGUGGGGUCACUCACAGCAGAUCACCUGCUUCAGGAGCCCCGGAAACUGCAGGGUCACCAGAAUACGCUUCAAUUAUCAGGGCAAUAAGUUCGGGAUCAUGGAUGCAGACGGAGCGCUCAGUCUCUGGCAGACCAGCACCUCAGGAAACGCUCCCAAACCCUAUCUGACGCUUCAGUGUCACAGUAAGACGGCGAAUGACUUUGUGUUUGUGGGCUCGUCGUCUCUCAUCGCCACCGCAGGCCUGUCCACAGACAACAGGAACGUGUGUCUGUGGGAUACUCUGGUCACGCCAGCAUACAGUCUGGUUCACGGCUUCAGCUGUCACGAGUCCGGCUCCACGGUUCUGGCUCUGGCGUCUAAACAGCAGCUGCUGCUCAGCGGAGGCCGGAAGGGCUGCAUCAGUGUUCUGGACCUCAGUCUGAAGAUCCAGCGCCAGAGUUUCCAGGCGCACGACUCGGCCGUCAAAGCACUGGCCGUCGACGCCAGCGAGAGCUGCUUCAUGAGCGGAUCGGCCGAGGGCAACAUCAAGGUCUGGAGCAUGUCCACCCAGAGCCUCCUGCACACCUUCAGUAAUGAACACGCUCGCCAGUCGCUCUUCCGUAACCUGGGCACAGGCGUCAUGCAGAUCGAGACCGGCCCGGCCAAUCACGUCUUCUCCUGCGGCGCGGACGGCACCAUGAAGCUCCGCCUCCUCCCCGACGCUCUGAGCCUCUACUGCAGCGGCGUGAAGAACGACGUCAGGUUUAUCAUGUAGCACACUCAUGACUCUUGCACACGGUACGACAAGCAAUACGAGAGAGACGCAGGCAAUCCUGCUUUCAAGCACACUGUACGAGUUGCUCAGCAUACUCAAGUUAACCUGGAAUAUAUAUCUCUAUAUAUAUCAGUAAAGCCUUAACUAGCCAAACGGUGUUGUGAUCGUGCUCUAGACUCAAUAUAGUGAUAAGUGUCCUUAUAAUUCUACCCUCGCGCUGGACGUCCCCUGGUUUCUGUUGCGCAUGUCAAAUGAUGUGCAGUCAUUCUAAUAACCAUUUUUUGUAAGGUAUUGUAUAUUACUACAGUAAGCAGUAUUUAUUGAGAUGAUGAGCUUUAAAGCGAUAGUUCACCCAAAAAUAAAAAUAGCCAUAAUUUCCUCUCCCUCCAAACUUGCACGAGCGUCUUUCGUCUGCUGAACACUACAGAAGAUGCUCUGAAGGCCAAACAGUUGCCGGUACCCAUUCACAUCCAUACUAUAGAAACCAAUGGGUGCCGGCAGCCGUUUGGUCUCCAGAGCAUCUUCUGUAGUGUUCAGCAGACGAAAGACGCUUGUGCAAGCUGAGGAAGAGCAAACGAUGGCAGGAUUUAAUUUUUGGCUGCUCCGUUCCUUUCACACAGGCACUGAUAGUGUUAAUGUUACCUGAGGUUGAAGAUGAAGCACUUUGCAUGUAGAGAUUAUCCGCGUGGAGCCGAAGCAUCAUAACAUUUGUGAAUCAAGCUGAGAGCGGACGAUCGGGAGACACUUUUAUGUUCAGUUGAACACGAGACUUGAUGAAAUGAUUCUAUGUUAAAGAUAAAGCAUAUUUAUAAUCAUCGAGGCUCCUGCAGACGUUUGGUUGUAGAAACGUUGUUCAGGGUUUAUUUUUUACACUUCUUUUAUCUGCCGUCAAUCGACUCGGACACAGAUGCGGCACACAUUUGUUCUUUCCAUGUUCUUCUUCACUGCAGAAAAUGAUGCUCUUCCUCAGGAUUUCUCAGUAAACAUCCUUAAAUCAAGACUGAACGAAUGAAAUGACUUGAAGUGAAUUAAUGCUUAAAACAA